AUGAAGCAAAGAACCGAAAAGCUUUACUCUGCCAAGCAAAUAACCUCCGUACUCAUCGCCUUCAUUUUUCUUCUGGCCUUGCUUUGUUUGUACUAUGGAUCUUCUUUUGCUCCUCCUGCUCUCUCCAGAUCCGACGGAGAAUAUGACGGUUCGGAUCCUGUUCUCGGCGGGAAUAUCCGUGAUUUUGAUGAUUUGUUUGAGGACCAAGAGCAUAACCCAGAAGUCCCCAAAAGCAUUCCUAUCUGUGACUUAAAAUACUCAGAGUUGAUACCAUGUUUGGAUAGAAACCUUAUCUACCAAUUGAAAUUGAAGCCAAAUUUGACUUUAAUGGAGCAUUAUGAAAGGCACUGUCCCCCUCCAGAGCGCCGUUUUAAUUGUCUUAUUCCACCUCCUAUUGGUUACAAGAUCCCUAUAAGGUGGCCGGAGAGUAGAGAUGAGGUUUGGAAAGCAAAUAUACCUCAUACACAUCUCGCGCAAGAGAAGUCGGACCAGAAUUGGAUGGUAGUGAAUGGGGAGAAGAUAAAUUUUCCUGGUGGAGGAACCCAUUUCCAUGCUGGAGCUGAUAAGUACAUUGUCUCUCUUGCUAGGAUGCUUAAAUUUUCUAAUGAUAAACUUCACAAUGGUGGGCAUAUCCGGAAUGUUCUUGACGUUGGUUGUGGAGUUGCCAGUUUUGGAGCUUAUCUUCUUUCCCACAGCAUUAUAGCUAUGUCCAUUGCACCUAAUGAUGUACAUGAGAAUCAAAUACAAUUUGCGCUGGAGAGAGGGAUUCCAUCAACUCUUGGUGUCUUGGGAACUAAAAGGCUUCCUUAUCCAAGUAGAUCAUUCGAACUAGCUCACUGCUCUCGAUGCCGUAUUGAUUGGCUUCAGAGAGAUGGAAUUCUCUUGUUAGAACUUGACAGAUUACUAAGACCUGGAGGGUAUUUUGCUUUCUCUUCUCCCGAAGCCUAUGCACAUGAUCCAGAAAAUCGAAGGAUCUGGAAUUCAAUGCAUGACCUUUUAAGAAGAAUGUGUUGGAGGGUUGCUGCCAAGAAAGAUCAGACUGUUAUUUGGCAAAAACCUUUGGGUAAUGGCUGUUACUUGAAGAGGGAUCCUGGGACGCAGCCCCCUCUAUGCAGCACUGUUGAUGACCCAGAUGCAACGUGGAAUGUGUACAUGAAGGCAUGCAUAAACCCCUACUCAGCAAAGAUGCACAAGGAAAGAGGAAGCGGACUAGUUCCAUGGCCUCAGAGGCUUACUGCAGCACCCCCUCGGUUGGAAGAAAUUGGUGUCACUCCAGAACAAUUCCGUAAAGACACUGUAGUGCUCCCCCUUUCUAACAUUUGGCAUUUUAGAGUGAAUGAGUACUGGAAGCAGAUGAAAUCCGUCGUACGGAAGAAUUACUUCAGAAAUGUCAUGGAUAUGAACUCAAAACUUGGGGGUUUUGGUGCUGCCCUCAAAGAUACAGAUGUCUGGGUGAUGAACGUUGCUCCAGUCAACAUGUCUGCUAGAUUGAAGGUCAUUUAUGAUCGCGGCUUAAUUGGAACAGUUCAUGAUUGGUGUGAAGCAUUUUCUACAUACCCACGUACAUACGAUCUUCUUCAUGCAUGGGGAGUAUUUUCUGAGAUUCAGGAGCAUGGAUGCAGUUUGGAGGAUCUGUUAAUUGAAAUGGAUCGGAUCCUAAGGCCAGAUGGGUUUGUCAUAAUAAGAGACAAGCCCUCAAUUAUAAACUAUAUCCGGAAAUUUGUGACUGCCUUGAGGUGGAAUCGUUGGUUAUCAGAGGUGGAACCAAGGAAUGAUGCUCUCUCCAUAGGUGAAGAACGAGUUUUGAUUGUGAGAAAGAAGUUAUGGAGUGAAGGGGUUUCAUCAAUGUGA